AAAGAGAAACAACACAAUCCCCUUUAAGACUUAAGUUCAGCAGUCCUCACCCUGUGCUCGCCGCCGCACUCUAGUCCCCAGCCUCCGUCGCCACCGCUCGUGCUCGUCAUCGCUCUGUCUCGCCAUCACAGGGUAGAAGAAUGGGGAAGAUGGCUUACAAGAGGUUGAAGGGAAGCCAGAGCUUCCGGCAACGGUUGCUUCUCGCCACUCUUUCCUCCACUCCCAUUCUCAUUGAGGACAUACGCGCUGAUGAGACGUGGCCUGGUCUUCACAGCCACGAGAUUUCGCUCCUCCGGUUGUUUGAGAUGGUUUGCGAUGAUUGUCAUGUUGAAAUCAAUGAAACUGGUACUAAAUUGAAGUACAAGCCGGGAACUAUUAUGGGUGGCAAACAAUAUCAUGCCCACGAGUGUGGUCUCUCAAGAUCCAUUGGUUAUUUCCUAGAGCCACUCAUUGUGCUAGGUUUAUUUGCAAAGGAACCCCUCACCAUCAAGCUCAAAGGAAUCACAAAUGAUUCUAAGGAUCCUUCGGUUGAUACCUUCAAGUCUACUGCUUUUCCCAUAUUAAAGCGCUUUGGAGUUCCCUCAGAAGGCUUGGAUCUUAAAAUAGAGAGUCGUGGAGUACCACCAAAUGGUGGUGGCGAAGUUACUUUGUCGCUUCCUGUUGUUCAGAGUCUCAUGGCAGUUAAUUGGAUUGAUGAGGGGUUUGUUAAAAAGAUUAGAGGAACUACGUUUUCAGUCAGAGUGUCUACUCAGUUUGAAAAUAGCAUGAUUAAGGCUACCCGUGGAAUUGUCAAUCCCCUACUUUCUGAUGUGCACCUUUUUUCUGAUCACAGAUCAGGGCCACAGGCAGGAAACUCACCUGGAUAUGGAAUUUCACUUGUUGCGGAGACUACUUCUGGGUGCUUCAUCUCUGCAGAUACUGCUGCUUCUCAUGCUAGGGAUGAAGAUACUUCUAGCCUUGCAGAUGAUGUGAAAAGGGAUCUGAUGCCCCCAGAAGAUAUUGGGAAGGAGAUUGCUAAUGCUUUACUAGGGGAGAUAGCUCAAUGUGGAGUUGUAGAUUCAACACAUCAGGGUUUGCUAUUUCUUCUUUGUGCUCUAUGUCCUCAAGAUGUUUCCAAGGUUCGUGUUGGAAAACUUUCCCAGCAUGGGAUUGAGACACUGAGAAACAUAAGGGACUUUCUCAAUUUGAAGUUUAUUAUCCAACCAGAUCCAAAUACACAAUCAGUGUUUCUCAAGUGUGUUGGUUAUGGCAUGAAGAACCUUUUCAGGAAGGUCUCAUAAAGCAUGGUCGUUGGUGUUAUAUUAAUCCAAUGCGAGCUUGUUGAAUUGCAAUUUUCAAGCAACUGCGAGAUUCGGCACCUAGAAAAAAAUGCAACUGAAGCUUCAUUAUGUAAUAUCAUGCCAAUGGUAAUUCUUUAUCACCCGCGCCUCCCAAGAAAUAGAAUUAACGAGUGAAUGUUCAGUUUCAAUUGUAACCCAAUUUUGUUAGCUAUAUAUAUCUUGAGUGUUUCCCACAAAUGAAUGAUUUGUAGUUUGCCAUAUUCUGGAUGAACCAAAUUUUGGAAUCUCUUAUGAAUUAUUUUCUCUUUGACUAA